UACCACGCUCUGCCGCACCGCGCACGUCUCACCUCGCUCCGUCGAGCACGCAAACACGGCCGCUAUCAAGCUCGCACGCUAAAUAUAGCGCUGCGCCGCGGGCGAUGCUGCACAGUGACGCCGUCUCCGCCCAUGCACCCCGCCGCUGCCGCCGGCACGGGGACAGGCGUGCCGCCGACACGGCGCUAGCUUGAGAUUCUCGCACCUCCAUCGGGGCGAGCUGCUCCCUGCGGAAUCGUGGUGCAGGAUGGCUCUGCUAUUGCUGCGGCCGUGCAAGUUGUGCCUCGCAGGACGAAGCGUCUGCCAGCGUCGCGGCUGCGCAGUCCUGAGCUCGGCGCCUCGCACCUCUGCGCUUGGCUUUGCACCACAUCCACCUAGCAGCCAUGUCGUCUCCACGCAGCGAAGACAGCCACCCGCGCGACGAUGCCACCGUUGUGGCACACGACGAGGACAAGGAGAUGCAGCGCACUGAGGAGAAGGCUGCGACAGCGCCUGCGAGUCCUGCGGCCGCGCCGAGCGUGCCCGACGGCGGCCGGACAGCAUGGCUCACGGUGCUCGGCUGCUUCCUGGCCUUCUUUGCCAGCUUCGGCUUCGUCACGGGCUAUGGCGUGUUCCAGUCGUACUACGAGGGCAUCCUGCCGAGCUACUCGUCCGACGACAUCAGCUGGAUCGGCUCCUUCCAGCUCUGGGCCAUCACGGGCAUGGCGCUGCCGUCCGUGAUCCUCUCGGCGCACGUCGGACCGCACGUCACGCUGGCCAUCGGCACGUUCCUCACAGUGUUCGGCGUCAUGAUGGCCUCGAUCUCGAAGGAGUACUACCAGCUGCUCCUGUCGCACGGCAUCUGCACGGGCCUCGGCAUCGGCCUCACCUUUAUGCCCAUCGUCGGCCUCCCGAACCAAUGGUUCUCGAAGCGCCGCGGCCUCGCCGUGGGCCUCGCGCUCGGUGGCUCGUCGGUCGGCGGCGUCAUCUGGCCGGUCGUCUUCAACCAGAUGGUCAACCACGACCGCAUCUCCUACGGCUGGACGAUGCGCACGAUCGGCUUCCUGCAGCUCGCGCUGAUGGGCACGGCCAUUGCGCUGAUCCGCUCCAACGUGCCGCGCAACAAGGCAGUCAAGCUCUCGUCGUUCCACAAGCCGCUGAUGAUGGCCGUCAAGAGCGUCGGCGUCGUGCUCUUUGCGCUCGGCCUGCUGCUGCACUUCUUCGGCAUCUACGUGCCGUACUUCUACGCCCCGGCCUACGCACAGUCGCUUGGCGCCUCGCCCUACACGGCCUUCUGGGUGUCGGCAGUGCUGAACGCGGCGACGUUCUUCGGGCGCUUCGCGCUCGGCGCCGUCUCCGACUCGCUGGGCCACGGCAACACGCUGCUGGUCAGCGUCGUCGUGAGCGCCGCGCUGGCGUUUGCCUGGCAGGGCGUCUCCUCGGCCGCCGGCAUCUUCGUCUGGGUCGUCUUCUACGGCUUCUUCAGCGGUGCCAGCGUCUCGCUGCAGAGUCCGGCCAUUGUGCCGCUGGUGCCGAACCCCAAGCUGCAGCUCAUGGGCCCGUACAUCGCCAUCCUGUGCUCCUUCAGUUCGUUUGGCUCGCUCGGCGGCUCGCCAAUCGCCGGCCGCCUGCUGCGCAGCAGCGCCAUGGGCAAGGCAGCGCCCGGGCCCGAGGACUUCCACGGCAUGAUGUACUUCACCGGCGGCAUUCUCUUUGCCUCGUGUGCUUUCUACAUCGCCGCCCGCGCCACGUACGAGCGGAACCCGCUCGCCAAGGCGUGACGCAGCGAGCCUUUCUCUUGACGAUCCCGUGUUCCUCCUUUCACGCUUCUCUUAAUGACACACUUACGCUCGUGGCUGUCGAGCUCCGAAUGGUGUGAAUGAGGGUG